AUGUACAUCUCACCACUCCGCGUCUAUCCUGGCCCUUGGUACGCGCGGGCAUCAAUCAUUCCAUAUAUAUAUUGGCUUGCCACUGGAGAGCUUGUUCAUGCCUCACAGAGGACACAUGAAAAGUAUGGACCUACUGUGCGACUUGCCCCGAACAAACUAUCAUUCACACAAUCUCAGGCCUGGUUUGAUAUUCAUGGACAUCGCACACAAAAACGUAUGAGGUGGUUCGACAAAGAUCCAAGCGUCUAUCUUCGUCGAUACAAUGGAGUUCCUUCAAUUGUCGAUGCGGAUGAACAAGACCAUGCUAGAUUCCGUCGAUUACUCGCAAAUGCAUUCUCAGAGAAAGCUCUUCGAGACCAAGAGCCCAUACUUCAGCAAUACGUCAAUUUAUUGAUUUCUCAGCUGCAUAAAACUUUAGAUGGCCCUCAGGGGGGGGUUGUAGACUUGGCAAAAUGGAUUAAUUUUACAACUUUUGAUAUUAUCGGAGACUUGACAUUCGGCCACUCCUUUGACUGCCUGGAAUCCGGCGAAGAACAUCCGUGGAUUAGUUUGUUGCCGGGUGCCGCAAGAACGAUGACAUACUUGUUGGCCUUCAAACAUUUUCCGACCAUUGUAUACGACACCGGAUUGAUUUUGAUCAAACCAUUUCUCAGUCAACGAAGACAACAUGCUGAAUUCACAAUUGACCAAGUGAACAUUCGCCUGACUCAAGAGACUGAUAGAAAAGAUUUCAUCACACCUAUUCUCAAAGCAAAUGAUGAGAAGGGGAUGACGAACCCAGAGCUACAAAGUUCAAUUAAUCUCCUUAUCACCGCUGGUAGUGAAACGCUAGCUACACUUCUCAGUGGGGCCACUUAUUACCUGUCUUGCAACAAACCAGUUCUGAAAAAGCUCCAAGAAGAAGUCCGUUCCACAUUUAAGAGCGCCGAGGAAGUUACCAUGACAUCUUGCCAAACGCUUCCAUAUCUCCAUGCAGUUCUUGAAGAAUCCUUACGAAUCUACCCUCCAGCUUCUUUAGCCCUUGGACGAAUAGUCCCACACGGUGGAUCUGUCAUCAAUGGAAAGACGGUUCCAGCAGGGACGGGAGUAGGUAUUUCGGCAUGGGCAGCAUCGCAUUCAAAACACAAUUUUGUAGAUCCGGAUGCUUUUGUGCCUGAACGCUGGCUGGGAGAUGAGAGAUUCGAAAAGGACGACAAACAAGCCUCUCAGCCAUUUAGUGUUGGUGGAAGAAACUGUGUAGGAAAAAAUUUGGCGUACGCUGAGAUGCGCCUUAUUUUGACUCGGCUUGUCCUUGAUUUCGAUUUCGCGAUACAAGAGGGGAGUCAAUAUUGGAUUAGACAGAAGCUAUUCACAUUUUGGGAGAAGCCGCCAUUGUUGAUUAAAAUUUCACGUGCAAAAUGUUAG